GGCCAACGAGAGCAAAGCCAGUGACUCACCUCCGCCGCGCUAACUCCGCGCCAGCUCUCCCCUCACACACGCUCACACCCGGCUCGAGAUGGCGGCGGCGGCGGCGGCGGCGGCGGCAGCGGCGGGCGACUCGGACUCCUGGGACGCGGACACGUUCUCCGUGGAAGACCCGGUGCGGAAGGUGGGGGGCGGCGGCACCGCUGGUGGGGACCGCUGGGAAGGCGAGGACGAGGAUGAAGACGUCAAGGAUAACUGGGAUGAUGAUGACGACGAAAAGAAAGAGGAAGCAGAAGUAAAACCAGAAAUAAAAAUUUCAGAGAAGAAAAAAAUAGCAGAAAAGAUUAAAGAGAAAGAACGGCAACAGAAGAAAAGGCAAGAAGAAAUUAAGAAGAGGUUAGAAGAACCAGAAGAACCCAAAGUGCUAACACCAGAAGAACAAUUAGCAGAUAAACUGCGGCUAAAGAAAUUACAGGAAGAGUCAGACCUUGAAUUAGCAAAAGAAACUUUUGGUGUUAAUAAUACAGUUUAUGGAAUAGAUGCUAUGAACCCAUCUUCAAGAGAAGAUUUCACAGAGUUUGGAAAGUUACUAAAAGAUAAAAUUACACAGUAUGAAAAGUCACUAUAUUAUGCCAGUUUUUUGGAAGCCUUAGUUCGAGAUGUGUGUAUUUCAUUGGAAAUCGAUGACUUGAAAAAGAUUACCAAUUCCUUGACUGUGCUUUGCAGUGAAAAACAAAAGCAAGAAAAGCAAAGCAAAGCCAAAAAGAAGAAGAAAGGUGUGGUUCCUGGAGGGGGAUUAAAAGCCACCAUGAAAGACGAUCUGGCAGAUUACGGGGGCUAUGAUGGAGGAUAUGCACAAGACUAUGAAGACUUCAUGUGACAUUUUAUCAUCUUCUGCUGUCUUCUUUCUGUUGCCCACAAUCCCUUCAACAUGUAGCACAACUUCCUUUCCUUUCAGUUCUGCCAAAUGCUACAAUCAGAAGUGCAGUAUCUUUUGUGCUGGUUAUUUAACCCCUUGACACUUAGGUGCUAAUGUGCAAAGGAGGGAACUUGGAUCUUGCUGCCAAGGGGUUAAAAUCGGGAACUCAGUUGCUACUAAAUCAUAGUUUAAAAAAAAAAAAACAAAAAAACCCACAGCCGAAUAAUGUUGUCAGUGUUGCUAUUUGAUUCCAUAGCAGCAGUCACUAAAUUGGAAACAAGGGUUGCAACAUGACAAAAAAUUGUGUAGUAUUUACCAGCACCAUUCAGUAAUACAGCCUUAACCAUACCUCCUGGAACUACUUCAUAACUUGUCAAGAAAAGCAGUUUGCUGCAAGGGCAUGUGGUGUGCACCUAGUAUUAAAAUUGCUUUGUCUUAAAAUUGAGCGUGAGGAUAUUAAAAAUACAUUGUGAAGAAGACUGCUUAUCUCAGAGUGAAGAUACUGCGACUGAAAAAGCUCUGGUUUGAUCCUUAAGUGACCAAACCUUCCAACUUUGAAGCUGAAGAAGGUAACCCUCUCCAUUAUUGCAGUACAAGUUGUGGAAUCUCUUGAGUGCAUAGACUGUCUAGUUUUAUUUAUCAGACUAUUUCUACUGAUGGAGUGCUUCAGAUAAGGAAGGGAAACUCUGCUUGUUUUCAUUUGCCUGAUUCAAGUGUCUGAGAAACCACUCUCUCUCGUUCUCCUAGGCUGCAAUGGAACAACUUUACCAGGGUUUUGGCAUUUUCUUUUCUUUAUAAAACAUUCUCAGCAAACUGCACCAGUUAACUACAGUUUGGUAAAUUGUUAUGUUAACAAUUAUGACAUCUGCAAUGUUUUAUAAAGCAACUAAUUUAAUAAAAUCACUAUUGUGAGGACUUAAAUUUUGUGUUACCUCCCAAGAGAUAUUUUUGGAGAAUACAGAAUGUAGCUCUUGGGACUACUGUUCUCUGUUCUUCACUAAAGCUCACAAAUGCUUUAUGUGCCAUUUCAGCUUUAAAUCAAUGGCCUGCCAUGUCCUUCAUAGCCUCACCAUAGAGCAACAAGGAUGGAGGGUGCAUUCCUCUUAUUUAUUUGAGAAAUCAUUUUGUCGUAAGAUACUAAGGCCUAAUUAAGUACCUAGAAGAACUAUUUAUUGGGGGUAAGUAAGCCUACAAUCCAGGUUAGUUGGAAGAAUAGAUUGGGGGCAUUAUAUGAGGGGUACUUCAAAAUGUCCAUCGAAAAUAGAAUGAAAAGAUUCUGGUGCAAAAAUGAAACAUGAUGGAUCUUAAUAUGUUUAUGGAAAAAACUCCAUAGAUUUCAAUUUUUGCAGAGAAAAAAGCUUAACUGUUUUCCAUGAAUUUCUUGGAGCAUUGUCCCAUGUCUUCUCCAGGGCGAUUUAAAGAAGUCUGUGGUUAGUUUCCCUUCUGCAAGUUUGUAAUUUCUCUUAGGUAAGAAACAGGAACCCCAAACUUCUGUUGAGUAUUGAGUGGGAAACGUGACCAUCUAAAUGAUUUGAGGAAUUAACAGAGAGCAGUGACUACACAGCAAUAAUUACAGUAAAUACUGUUUUAAGGCAGACAAGGGCUAAGAUUUCCUUAGCAGUAAUGACAUACACUGAAUUAAAAUCUAUUUUUUAUUAUAGAAAGAUCAGUUUCUAACAAACGAAAAUGUAUCACCUACCUAUUCCUUAACUAUGUAAAUAAUAUUAAAUUUCUUUGAAACUGGAA